GGCAGUUAGCUCCCCUUCGCUCCCGCGCCUAAGAAGUUUAAGCUUCCCCAAGCAGCGCCAGCACCUUGCAUCUCCAUCUGACCCGAACUUCCACCCUCUCAUCAUCCACAUCCCAUCCGCCGCAAAACAACAUGGAGCAGCAUCGCAACAAAACACUCACACACCCCGCUCCAGCCAGCUGGACAUGGCUUUGGCCCUCCUGGAUCUGGAGCACCCAAAAACCGAUGAAGCACCUCAAAGCGACCGACGCGAUGCGCAACCCGGCCAUCAACACGCGCUUCACCGACCUGAUGGACAACACGGAUCCGCCGGAAACGUUCAAAGCGUCGCACGUCGCGAUGGCGCUGACGCUGGAGGAACUGCGCACCAUGGGCUACGAGAAGUGGCAGGAGGCUAUGCCGGGGGUGAUGGCGUUGGCGUUUGAAAUGCGCGCGGUGGGCUACUGUGAGAUUUUGAAGGGGAAGAAGGUCUUGCAUGGCGAUGUGCAGUAUUUCGAGGUGGACCAGGUGGAUGUCAGCAUUCGGCGGCUGGAGGAUGAUCACUGGCGUGAAUCCGAGUGGGAUUAGUGGAAAGGGGCGAGAUGGGUGUGGUUGUGUGGGCUGUUGGGUGGCGUUAGAGUGGUCUUUUAGCA